UGGCACGUUGAUCUCAUAACAGAUGACAAAGAAUGUGGUCCUCUCAAAUGACAAGCAUUGGAUGCCACUCAUUCACAUCCACUGUCAGACAAUAACAACAAGACUGCCGGUGGAGAGCCCGGAGGUUGAACAGUAAGUCAUUUGCCAGCGUUGAAAGAAUGUUUUAGGUGGGUCAAAGCCUUUUUAAUUCUCAAGUGGUCAACGGGCAACGCGUUGAGGUCGGAUCGUGGUUUUGGAUGCCUGACUUUAUUGGCAAGAAUGAAUACUGUGUUUUUCAUUUUUCAUCUAAUCAUUCUAGCAGGUGCUGUCUGGGCCUCCCCUGAUGAAACCCGUCUGGUUGAAACCCUUUUCACUGGUUACAAUAAGGUCGUCCGUCCAGUCAAUCACUUCAAGGAUAGAGUGGUUGUUACUGUGGGUCUUCAGCUCAUCCAGCUCAUCAGUGUGGAUGAGGUCAACCAGAUCGUCAGCAGCAACGUGCGACUCAAACAGCAAUGGAAAGAUGUGAACUUGCAGUGGAACCCAGAGGAUUAUGGCGGCAUCAAAAAGAUCAGAGUCCCCUCCGCUGACAUUUGGCGUCCUGAUCUGGUUCUCUACAACAACGCUGACGGUGACUUUGCCAUCGUUCAUUUUACCAAAGCACUGCUGGAGCACACAGGGAUGAUCACAUGGAACCCACCUGCCAUCUUCAAGAGCUACUGUGAGAUUACUGUGCUGCACUUCCCCUUUGACCUCCAGAACUGCACUAUGAAGCUGGGCACCUGGACGUACGAUGGAAACUUGGUCAACAUCAUUCCUGACAGUGAUCGCCCAGACCUAAGUCACUUCAUGGAGAGUGGAGAGUGGAUGAUGAAGGAUUUUCGUGGCAUUAGGCACGAGGUGCCCUACGCCUGCUGCCCUGACACCCCCUACCUGGACAUCACCUAUCAUUUCCUCAUGCUGCGACUUCCAUUAUACUUCAUUGUCAACGUCAUUAUCCCCUGCAUGCUCUUCUCCUUCCUGACGGGUAUGGUCUUCUACCUUCCUACAGAUUCUGGUGAGAAGAUGACUCUGAGCAUCUCGGUCUUGCUGUCUCUGACUGUGUUCCUGCUGGUCAUCGUGGAGCUCAUCCCCUCCACCUCCAGCGCCGUGCCGCUCAUCGGGAAGUACAUGCUCUUCACCAUGGUGUUUGUCAUCGCAUCCAUCAUCAUCACUGUCAUUGUGAUCAACACCCACCACCGCUCCCCAAACACUCACACAAUGCCAGACUGGGUCCGCAAGGUUUUUAUUGAAACCAUUCCCAACAUCAUGUUCUUCUCGACGAUGAAGCGUCCAGGCAAAGAGAAACAGGCCAAAACCAUCUACGGUGGUGACUUUGACAUCUCAGAUAUUUCUGGCAACCAGGCCUCUGCGGUUCCCUACCAGUCCCCCAUCACAAAGAAUCCAGAUGUCCGCAGUGCCAUUGAAGGAGUCAAGUACAUCGCAGAAACCAUGAAAUCAGAUGAAGACUCCAACAAUGCUGCCGAAGAGUGGAAGUUUGUGGCCAUGGUGCUGGAUCACAUUCUGCUGUGUGUCUUCAUGGCCGUGUGUCUAAUCGGAACAUUAGGGGUGUUUGCUGGCCGCCUCAUUGAGCUGAGCAUGCUUUAAAGGAUUGUGCUUCACUGUUUUUACUUCUCAGAUGGCCAGUUUGUUGCUCAAUGUGGAACAUGUUACCUUUGUUUGAGAAGCCUCUGUAUAAGCCCUACAGUCCAUACUGCCUGUGGAAGUGUCUGCUUGUUUGCUUUGAAGAAUGGUGUUGUUUGCAUAAGAACCUGUUUAAUACACUUAUAGCAACACAUUUUGACAGAGCUACGUUUGUUUUCUUACGGGGAUGGGAUGGUGCAUGUGUACAAAUGAAAUGUUUCAUUAAUUCACAAGAAAUCUCACAUUUUGGAAUAUUGUGCACUUUUGCUUGACAUGUUUAUAGACAUAUAAUAAAUUGCUUUUGCCAGUUUA